AUGGCUGUCACUUUCACCCUGGAGGAAUGGGCUUUACUGCAUCCUUCCCAGAAAAAACUAUACAGAGAUGUGAUGCAGGAAAACUACAGGAACCUGACCUCGAUAGCUCACACUGGAUACAAAGCACAUGCAUGUCAGGAACACAGAGAGAAUUCAUAUAAAGAUAAGGAAUAUCCAGAAGCCUCCAGGUAUCCCCAGUGCUUUCAGAAGAGGGAAAGGAUUCACACUGGGAAGAAGCACCAUGAAUGUAAGCAACUUGGGCAAGACUUCAAUCGUCCCAGUUCCCUUCCAUUACAUGAAAGAACUCACCCUGGAGAGAAACCCUGCGAAUGUGAGCAAUGUGGGAAAGCCUACCAUAAUGCCAGCGCCUUCAGAAAACAUGAGGUAACUCACACUGAAAGGAAAGCCUGUGUAUGCAAGCAAUGUGGGAAAGCCUUCAGUAAUUCUGGUUACAUUCAAAUGCACGAGAGAACCCACACUGGAGAGAAACCCUCUGUAUGUAAACACUGUGGGAGAGCCUUUACGUUUCUCAAUUCCCUUCAAAGACAUGAAAGAACUCACACUAGGGACAAACCCUAUAUAUGUAAGUAUUGUGGAAGGGGAUUCAGUUCUUCCUGUUACGUCAAAAUACACGAAAGAACCCACAGUGGAGAGAAACCUUAUAUAUGUAAACAAUGUGGGAAAGCCUACUGUGAUCCCAGGUCCUUCAGAAAACAUGAAGCAACUCACACUGGAGAGAAACCCUAUGUAUGUAAGCAAUGUGGAAAAGCCUUCAUUUCUUCCAGCCACAUUGAAAAACAUGAAAAAAUUCACUCUGGAGAGAAGGCCUAUGUCUGUAAGCAAUGUGGGAGAGCCCUCACUUUUCCCAGUUCCCUCCACAGGCAUGAAAGAAUACACAACACAGACAAACCCUAUACAUCUUACGUGUGUAAGCAUUGUGGAAAGGCCUUUAGUUCUUCCAGUUACAUUCAUAAACAUGAAAAAACUCACACUGGAGAGAACCCCUAUGUAUGUAAGCAAUGUGGGAGAACUUUUAGUCAUUCCAUUUCCCUUCAAAUACACGAAAGAACUCACACCGGAGAGAAGCCUUAUGUAUGUGAGCAAUGUGGGAGAGCCUUCAGCGAAUCCAGUACCUUUCACAGUCAUAAAAGAACUCACACUCGGGAGAAACCCUAUGCAUGUAAGCAGUGUGGGAAAGCCUUUAGUUAUUUCAGUUCCCGUAAAAUACACGAAAUAAGUCAGUAGAGAGAAGCCCUCUCAAAGUGGAAAGAAGUCCUAUGUAUGUAAGUAUUGUGGAAAAGCCUUCAGUCGAUCCAGUCAUGUUCUCAGACAUCAGAGAACUCAGGCAUGUAGGCAACGGAUGUGUGAAAACCUUCCCUCAGUGCAGUCACAUCCUUGUACAGGAAAGAAGUCAAACUGGAGAGUGACCCUGAAUAAAGAAUGUGGGAAGACUUCAUCGUCACAUGAAGUCUCUAGCAAAUGUGAGAAUGCAGAGACAAGACCUGGAUGGAUGGAUGGAAAGCCUGUGGGAACGCCUGAGGUCAUCUUGGUUCAUUGUACACCUAGGAGUGAACACAGCACGAAGAGAAACCUGGGAUAGAAGACGAGUGCAGAAACCUUUUGUCCAACACUGGAUCAAAAAACUGUGAAUGGGAAAAAUAGAAGGAAUUUGUCAGUUGUAACAAAGAGUUUGAACAUCUUCCUCAUGUAGUGGGAUCCUAUAAAUGUCAUUAAUAUGAAAAGCUGCAUGCCAGUUAAAAUUGUUUAAAAUGCUG